AUGGGUGGUACUCAAGAAGGCUUUGGAGGACACCUGAGACAAAUUUUGAAUAACUCUACGUCUUUCUUCUUCACUAAUGUGGCGGAGAAUCAAGAGAUCUCGGUGCUAUGGAAAAUUUUCCAAAAAUGGGGAAAGGUAGUAGAUGUGUUUAUCCCCAAAAAACGGGACAACCAGGGACGAAGGUUUGGGUUCGUACGAUUCUCUGGUGUCUGCGAUGUGGAGGGUUUGGAAAGGAGUCUCAACUCUAUUGUCAUUGGAGCACGGAGGUUAAAGGUCAACCUUACUCGUCACUCUCGGAUGGUGAGGAGCAACAGUCAUGUUGUCACUCGGGUGCAACUGGAUAGGCAAGGUGUCUCUGGCAGGGUAAUGCGUAACCAUGGUGUCUCAUAUGCGGAUAAAUUAAAAGGAACGACGAGGUUCAACGCUAAGGAUUCGAAGGGAAAUACGAUGGUAUCAGCUACGGGGGGUAAAGAGUGGGUGCGGAAAAAGGAGCCUUGGGCUCAUCUUCAUUUCUCGGUUGAUGAUGAGGUAAUUGAGGAAUGUUAG